AUGGUUGUACAACCUUUACACGUUGAGGUUAUUUUGCUGGUGGUGACCUUGUGGGUUGCACUGCCUCCUGCAAAGACGGACUCGGUGUACGAGUUGGCCGUACACUGCAUCCCUGCGUACAAAGCUCCUGUGGCCUACAUCAAGGGAAACUCCGACUUCAACUACUGUCUUGCAAGGUCUCGUGUUCGGAAUGAGCACACAAUAGGGAUCCUCAAAGGACGAUGGGCAUCGCUUCAACAUCUACAACUGGCGAUUCAAAAACCUUCGGACAUGAUGGAAGUGAUUAGAUGGGUCAAUUGUUGUGUUACAUUGCACAACAUCCUGGCCCAUCUUGGUGACGCAUGGGCCGAGUUGGAUGUCUCCAUCAAUGAUCAUCCAGGAUCAGAUGGGCCCGGUGUUAAUGAAGAAACAGCUCAAGAGGUUCGGGAUGUAGUCAAGGCUAACUGUUUAGAUAUCAACUACUUGUUGGGCGUUUUGCCAAUUUAG